ACGCAGGUGAAGACUGUCAUAACACCGUCGUGACGUGGCGGUCACUGAUUGGCAUUCAUUUACGCGGGCGUCUUCCUGCAGACUAUGAAAAAUGCUGUCUUUGCAUGUUUUAAACUUAAACUUUAAUUGCUUGAUUAGUUGAUUUCUUUGGGAUUUGCUUUUUUUGUAAAAUAAAGUUGCGAAUACGCGGGGCAGACGACACUUUGUAAGCACUUAAUUUCAGGUCGGGCUGGUGCUCUCAGCGAGUCACCGCAGAUUCGUCAUUUAAUAAAGCGUAGCGAUUGUCAAAGAAGCUGGAAAACACGCGAGAUCAACGUGUCCUCUGAGAGCCGACCUGGGUGCUGAUGACCAUGCUGGUCACUUCUAUGCCUCCUCACUGGGUCAUCUCACCCCAGCCUCUGUGUGGAGCAGGCAGCUGUCAGCCCAUUCUUGUGACAGAUCUUUUGGACAGAGCUGCAAAAGUCUCUCACCGCCUUCAUGCCCUCUCCACGGCCGCCUCCAACGAUCUGAAUAACCACUUUGCCCCUGCCCUUAAACUGGUAAUGAUGCGCCCUCUGUCUCUGUGCCACACAUCCUCACUGAACACGCCUGAAGACAAAGAGCAAGUCCUCCAACUCAGCCAAGAAGACUUGCUCACAAUGGUUGCAUUGCUGCUGAAAUCCUGGGGCACCCCACUGCUAUACUUAGUCAAGGAAGCCCAGGAACUGCCUCACCCUGCCAACGACGCUCUACUGUGGAAGAUGGCUGAGCUAUCCCAGCAGACAGAAAACCUAGCAAGAGGGAUAGACAAGAUCCUCAACAAGCUGGACCCCACAGGCUUCCACAGCUUCUCAACUGACCUUAUUUCGCCAUGGAGUGGAGGCCCUGGUCUGGAGAUGGGCAGCGACAAGAAGUCUCACUUACUCAACUUUCACUUCCUCUUAUCCUGUUUUCGUCGAGAUUCAAACAAGAUUGACAGUUUUGUGAAGCUGCUGCGCUGUAGGGCCACAAAGAUGAAUCCUGAAUCCUGCUGAGGCUGACAGACAUCUAAAGAAAAUCUGGCCAAUACAGGCAUUUUAAUCCUUACAGUAAUAA